GUGGAGGUUGAAGGCUGACAGUUUCUUGGGCGUGAGUGACCGCAAAUUGAUUGUGGAGUACGGUGACGCAGAACUGCCCGUCGCUCCUGUCAUCGAGGCCCCUGGCCCAAUGGCAGGCUGAACCCCCCUUACUCCAGCCUGCUCCCGCCUCUUCUGCCCCUGGUGCUCUGCGCUACCUGCUGCCGCGCGCCACAUCCUGGGCAGAGAGGCGGGUGAGCGGCGGGCGGCGGGCACCAUGCGGAGAGGCUGUCCCCCGGGGUGGGCAGCGCCACUCUCUGCCACCCACCUGGCGCUGUGAGAUCGGCGUUGCCACCAUGUUCCCCAGCCCUGCGCUCACACCCACGCCCUUCUCAGUCAAAGACAUCCUGAACCUGGAGCAGCAGCAGCGCAGCCUGGCGGCUGGGGACCUGUCUGCGCGCCUCGAGGCCACCCUGGCGCCCGCCUCCUGCAUGCUGGCCGCCUUCAAGCCCGAGGCCUACUCCGGGCCCGAGGCGGCAGCGCCCGGCCUGGCAGAGCUGCGCGCGGAGCUGGGCCCCGCGCCUUCGCCCCCCAAGUGCUCUCCUGCCUUCCCAGCUGCUCCCACAUUUUAUCCUCGAGCCUACGGUGACCCUGACCCGGCCAAGGACCCUCGGGCGGAUAAGAAAGAGCUGUGCGCGCUGCAGAAGGCGGUGGAGCUGGACAAAGCCGAGACGGACGGCGCCGAACGACCACGCGCGCGGCGGCGACGGAAGCCACGCGUGCUCUUCUCCCAGGCGCAGGUCUACGAGCUGGAGCGGCGCUUCAAGCAGCAGCGGUACCUGUCGGCGCCCGAGCGCGAUCAGCUGGCCAGCGUGCUGAAGCUCACGUCCACGCAGGUCAAGAUCUGGUUCCAGAACCGCCGCUACAAGUGCAAGCGACAGCGACAGGACCAGACUCUGGAGCUGCUGGGGCCGCCGCCGCCACCCGCGCGCAGGAUCGCCGUGCCGGUGCUGGUGCGCGACGGGAAGCCCUGCCUGGGGGACUCGGCAGCCUACGCCCCUGCCUACGGCGUGGGUCUCAAUGCCUACGGCUACAACGCCUACCCCUACCCCGGCUACGGAGGCGCGGCCUGCAGUCCUGGCUACAGCUGCGCCGCCUACCCCGCCGCGCCCCCCGCCGCGCAGCCCCCCGUCGCCUCUGCCGCCGCCGCCGCCGCCGCCGCCAACGGCAACUUCGUGAACUUCGGCGUCGGGGACUUGAACACCGUGCAGAGUCCCGGGAUGCCGCAGGGCAAUUCGGGUGUCUCCACGCUGCACGGCAUCCGAGCGUGGUAGGGAAAGAGCCCGUUUGGGGCGCCCCGGACCUACUCCCACCUUUAGGAGAAGGACGAUGACUCCGGGGGAUGGAAAGGCUCCCGCUCUGUCCCGUCCCUCGGAUUACACACCCACCCUCGCGCAGACCUGGGACCUUUCUCCGAUCCAUCCCUCUUUGUUGACGUAGCCUGGUGUCUCGGCCCUGGCAGAGCCCUUCCAGGGACACGGUCACCCUCUACGGAUCCCACACUAGGACCCGGAGCCCGGGCCGGGCGCCCGGGCCCUGGGUUGCCUUGCCGCCGCCCACCCACCCGUAUUUAUGUUUUUACCUGUUGCUGUAAGAAAUGAGAACCCUCUUCCCAUUAAAGUGAGUGCGCUAA